CCGACUCACAGGUCCGGGCAGUACAGAGACGGAGACAGAGACAGGCGCAGGCGUCUCACAGAACCUGCUCCAGAGGUGGACAGAGAUAGGGUCGGUGCCGUCUAAAGACAAAAUGGUGGUUCUCGGCGAGGUAUUUCCAAACUUCGAGGCGGAGUCUACCGAGGGGCACAUUCGAUUUCACGACUUCAUCCGUGGAUCCUGGUGCAUCCUGCUGGCGCACCCCUCCGACUUCACGCCGGUCUGCACUACCGAGAUGGGCGCCGCGGCCAAAAUGGCGCCGGCACUGCUCCGGCGCGGCGUCAAAAUGGCCUGCAUCUCCUGCGACCCCGUCUCGUCACACAAGACGUGGAUCGAGGACAUCCGCGCGUACAACGGGCUCGGCUCCGGCCCGUUUCCGUUUCCCAUCAUCUCGGACGAGGAGCGCCAGCUGGCCAAAAAGCUGGGCAUGAUCGACCCCGACGAGCCGCGCUUCGACAACAAGCCGGCCACCGCGCGUGCGGUGUUCAUCAUCGGGCCCGACUUGCGGCUCAAGCUCUCCAUGCUCUACCCGGGCACCACCGGCAGGAACUUUGCGGAGAUCCAGCGCAUCAUGGAGUCCCUGCUGGUCACUGCCAAACACAAGGUGGUCACACCGGAGCAGUGGCAGGUUGGCGAAAAGUGUUUCGUGGUGCCGUUCCUGAGCAUGGAGGAGGCCAAGGACAUGUUCCCGGCCGGCGUGCAGGUGCACCCGGUGCCCUCCGGCAAACAGUACCUGCGCACUACACCCAUGCCCAACUAAUCCAGCCCGGCAGCAACGGACCCGAGACGGAAACGGAUACUGAUAAUGGCGGGAUAGCGAGUAUGUUUCUGCUAACUAUUGACGCAGUGAGAUGUAUGUGAGGUAGUGAGAGCCUCAAACGCUGAUCCCAGUAGCAUUCGCAGAGGGAAAUUCAAUGGAAACUGAAUGCGCUCCCUGUUGUAUGUUCGUGUGCUUUGUUUCUCGCGGUUUUAUUGCGUAGUUCGUAAAUCAAAUAGGGAACGUCAAGCAACCGAUUUUAGCACUUUACUCUGACAGUCCUAUUUCGGAGGCACGGGUGCGUUUGCUUGCAACUUAUGACUCGUCUUCUUAUCCUUUUGGAUGUUCUUUUGGAGACGAUCCCCACAAUGUGUAAAUAAAUGUUGCAAAGCCA